ACAUCUGUUGGUAAUCGGAGAUGCUUCCUGCUUGCGCCCACACACAUAUUCACCCUGUUUUGCAUGUUCUUUUGCAGAAAAGUGAUCCGUUUACACGCAUACAGGAAGAAAUCAAUUAUUAACCCUGUUUUGUCUGUUCUUUUGCAGAAAAUUGAUCCGCUGACACGCAUCCAGGAAGAAAUCAAGGAGGUGGUGCGACGCGAAGAGGAAUAUCGUCAGCUGGCAGCGCUGGCCUCACCGCCAAUUGUCAAUAACAAAGUAGCCGCCGAGCCUUUUGAGGCCUUUGCACCAGAUGCCGCUGAAGAUGGCGUGGUCACUGCCCAACCAGCAACAGCGCUGCUGGCGCCCAUUGAUGAGCAAUCAUUGUCACUGGCAAGCAGUGUCAAUAGUCAACGCGAUAAGGAGGAGAGCCUGGACGAGCACCAUUCCGAUGAUUCUGGUAUUUCGGCUUCAUCGCUUAAGAUUAACAACAACAACAAGAACACUUUGUCGGGCAGCAAGCAACCACUUAAGCUGACCAUUGUGGGACGCCAGGAGCAGCGUUAUAUUGGACCCAAUUGCUAUAACUUGACGCCAGAGCCGCCGCAGCAGAAGCUUAUGUCAUCAACCCGCAGCGUGCCGACGCCGACAUCAUCGCAGCUUUUGCAGCGUCAAUUUGCCUUUAGCGGAAUGCAGACCAAGGGCGUCAUGCAACGAUUUAUUGCUUCGCAUGGCAAAGUGCAGCCUACAGCUCCGCCUCUAACACCGUUGCUCUUGUCGCCGGCUGGCGUUAACAACAACAGCAACAUGAACAAUAACAACAACAGCAGUCCAACUUUGAAGUUAAAUGCACGCAAUGCUUUAGCUUUUCUUGGUACGGAUGCUACCGCUGUCAACAACAACAACAUUAACACUAUGAAUAAUAACAACAACAUGAGCAUUACCAAUAACAACAACAACAAUAUGCUCUCUCAGGGCGCCAUUGAGCGCGACUCGGAGGGACGGCCGCUUCGUCGUGGCUAUGUCCCUGUUGAACAGAAGAUUCAACGUGAGCUCCAGGAUCUAAAGAGUCGCGAGUCCGAGCUCAAGCGUCUGCGCAAGUUGAACAGGCAGCACCAGCAGCAACUGACCACAGAAGAAGAAGCCGCCGUAGAUGCUGAUGACGAUGAUGACGACGACGAUGAAUCUGAGGUGGAGCACUGCUAUGGUCCUGGCAAGUUGCGCAAUGCCCAGUCAUCGAUGGAGCUAGAUAGAGAAAGCAACGACCUGGAACUGAUGGGCCAUAAAUCUGCCGGUAAUCGUAGCCUGAAUGUCGCCGCUGUUAUUGCCAAUGGUCUGUCCAAUUCCGGUUCAAGCUCUGGCAUGCGUCCGGCCAUGUCCUUGGCACAGCUCUGUGAUCUGACGCCGGAGGAGGCUCCAUCGUCGCAUCGUCUGAUCGCCCAGUGGGAGAGUUUGAUCAAGAAGAACGCCGAGAGCGUUGAGGCGGCCAUUUAAGUGAGGGUCGCUACCAAAGCACACCAAAUUAUUAUUAUAAUCCCCUUAGAUUACCAAGUACUUAAACACGCAUGAUGUUCCCUGCUAAAAUGAAUGUAAUUUUUUUGUUUUGUGUUUUUUUUUUUGCUCGUUUUCGAAAUGGAAAUGUUUUUGUCAACGAAUUUUGUUUAAAUGUGCA